AUGUGUCGUGUCCUAUUAGGCUACUGGUCCUACUGUCCGCGUCACAAAGAUCAUGUAUUCAAGUGGUUCCUCGGGCCGAUUUCCGCCCGCGACAUCUACGAGUUGCGACCAGAACUUUGGAUCCAGCCCGGGAGUGGUGUAGACUGUGAUUGCGACUAUGACGAGAGCAAGCGCUCUUACCUGUGGGACGUCUACUCACAUCACUUCAACCGAACCUAUGUAUCUCUUUGCACGACGUGUAUCAGCGUUCGUGGCAAGCCAAAAGCCAUUGAAGGCGAACGUAUACCUCCAUUCAAGUUUCAGGAGCUACAUGAAGUCGAUUGGCAGCCCGAAAUGGGCGAAGUCACAGAAAUCAGCAAUGAGGAAAUGGGCCGUUAUCUUAAAGAGGGUCCGAACGAUGACCGAGACGAGUAUGCGUCUGACGAAGAGAGUUUCCUUGACGCGCGGCAUCAUUGGAAGAGCAGGCGCCGAGCAAAGGAAGAGCAAGCCUCUGCUGAAAGUGAAGAGGACGACACCUCAAGUCAGUCAUAUGGUCAGACUGAUACCUCAGAGGCCACAGAUCAUGAGACCUUCAGUCGACGAGUUUCUUCAACGUCAGGGUUUUCGCUAUCAACGACUGGAGCCUCUCUACCUCGACGGAGUCUUGCUGAGAUUCAAGAGGACUCGGACUCGUCCGAUGAUGAGUACGACUCGUGGGUCGAAGGAUCCGACCGAGGACUGGCUCAUCCCCUGAGUGAGACUUCUUCGCAAUCUUCCGAGUCCCAGCCGCCCGUGUCUGAAGAUGUUCCGGAGGAAGCGCUCUGCUCUCGCACAGACUGGCCGUCGGAACUCGAACCUCCACUCAUCUCUGCGGACCGCUGGCUAAAGGGCCGAGAAAGCUCCAAGCUUACCAGAGAUGAACAGGAAGACUUCCGCGAGGAUUGGCUCAACAUCGCUGAAUGGAGCUAUCUUACCGCCAACUACGAGGAGUACAAGCUGCUCAUCAACAAGUUGCAUCGACUCGACAAACGCUACAUCAGGCGGUAUCCGGGCAUGAUACUUCCGGAGGAUCUCGACACUAUCAAGUUGAGGCUGAAGCAGGUGGCAGAGAAAUGGUGGAAGCAGAGAGUCGCCGCGGGGAUAAUUCCAGAGGGCGAAAGCAGCCGAGCAGAUCGCGUGCGAGUUCCUCGCCGACGCUCGCCGUCUCCUGACUUGCCUUCUGACCGACCAGAGAGAGAAGGUCUUGCAAGAUACCCGGAGCAGGAGGGCGAUAGAGCCGGGGCAAAGGCCAGGGGAAAGGGCAAGCGCUGGGAGCGAGAACAGGUCGAGGUCACUCAAGCACAGGGCAGCGGCCGGGGCAACGGCAGAGGUAAUGGCAGAGGCAACCGCAAGGGAGAUGGACGGGGCAACGGACGAGGCCAAGGUCGGGGCGAGGCCUCGACAACACGUGGGCUGGUGCAUCGGGGUCGCUGA